AUGAAACUUCAGUCAUUGGCUGCUUUACACAUACUAUCACCCGAAAUUCUACCACCUAAAACUUCUGACAAAAAUUUGGAAUCCGAAAGUACGUUACAAGCCGUCAUUCUUGCUGAUAGCUUUAAUGAACGAUUCCGUCCCAUUGCCUACGAGUAUGAUUUUUCUUGUCUUUUAUCACUUUGCAACACACCACUCAUUGAAUAUACCUUAGAACUUCUUGCAGUUGCUGGCGUGCAAGAGGCAUAUCUAUUUUAUAGAGAACACUCUGAAACAAUAAAAGAUUAUAUCAAAAAGUCAAAAUGGAGUCGAUCAUAUUCUCCAAUAAAAAUAAUUACUAUUGUAACACCUGAAGCACGUUCAGUUGGAGAUGCACUGAGAAAAUUAGAUUUAAAGAAGCAAGUCCAUUUCACAGGACAAGGUGAAUCCCCAAUUUUCGUACUAGAUUGGAAAACUAAUGAAUGCUUUCAUUGUGAAACCGUGGAGCUCUAUCCGCGUAAACGUCGCACUGCAAUAGUGCGAUUAAUGAUUGAAAUCAUCCAGAAGAAUGUCACUCAGGUCACACUGCAGUUGAACUAUGGAUCAACCGAUCAUCAUCUGGGUGCUCAGCUGGUGGGUAACCACGGUUGA